AUGUAAUUAAAGGGGAAUCUUGAUAAAGAGAGAGGAGGUGUAUUUUUGAGAACUCGAUUCAGAUACGCUUUAAUUUAAUUUCUUUAAACAAUUUUUCAAUAAUAAAAUUAAAAUUUAAUAAUCACUUUUCUUUUAAUGUCACAUUCCAGUGAUAUAACAUAAAUAAGUGAUCAGAAUUCACUGGUUUAGAAACCUAUUAUACCAGAGGAUGAGGUUAAUAUUUUGAAGGCUUAAAAAUCUGAUGUUCCUAUUGGUAAAAUGCAUCAAGUCAAGCUUCCUUCUGCGAUAUUGAGUAAAAAAUAAAUUGAGUUGAAAAAAAACAAUUUACUGCAUUUAAAAAUGUGGAAUACAAAGUCAGAUGAAGAGAUGGAGAAGAUCAAUGAAGUUUUUAAGUUAUUUAGAAGGAAAUUUGGAAGGAAUGCCUAAUAUUUAGAUGAGUUCUUCACAAUUUUGAGCAGAGCAAAUUUAGAUUUAGAGUUAGUGCAAUAAUUAAUUUAAUUUGAAGAUAAAUUUCUCAAAAAAUAUAUCCAAGAUAGGAGUUCUGAGAAUAGGAUUGAUUGA